ACACCGAGAAUCUCAGUUUCCGGGACUUGGUGAAAUGGCGGAGGCGGCGGCUCUGGUGUGGGUUCACGGUCCCGGCCUCGGGUGCCGGGCGGUGCGGACUUCCUUGGUCCCCUGCUCCGUCCGAGAUCUUAUCCACCGCCAUUUCCAAGAUCAGGACGUCCCCGAGGAAUGCUUCUUUGUGAAGUGCAACGGAGCGCCCGUCGACUCCGGGGCCGCAGUGCAGCAUGGGGCCGUGUACAGCUUGGAGCCCAGACUGCGCGGUGGGAAAGGAGGUUUCGGGUCCAUGCUCAGAGCACUCGGUGCUCAGAUUGAGAAGACAACCAACCGAGAGGCUUGCCGAGACCUCAGUGGGAGGAGACUACGAGAUGUCAACCACGAGAAAGCAAUGGCCGAGUGGGUGAAACAACAGGCUGAGCGAGAAGCCGAGAAGGAGCAGAAGCGCCUGGAGCGGCUGCAGCGGAAGCUCGCAGAGCCCAGGCACUGCUUCGCCAACCCCGGCUACCUGCAGCAGUGCCACGAGAUGGCGGAGCGCCUGGAGGACUCCGUCCUCAAAGGUAUGCAGGCCGCCUCCAGCAAGGUGGUAUCGGCAGAACUCGGCGAGACUCGGAAGCGGCCCAACAAAUCAGAGACAGACAGAGGAUGCAGCGCCGCCAAAAGGACGUGCUUUUGGUUGGGCACCGAUGGCCUGGAGGCGGCCGAGGGAUCCGGCUCCGGGAGCUCAGAUGAUGACAGUGAAGAGGCACCUGGCACUUCAGGAAUGAGCUUUCCGGUUCCAGAAAAUGGCAGUGGCGGCGUUGCGACGGCCGCUGAGUUUCCCAGCAGCAGUUCUCAGAAGGCAGGAGUACUGGGUGCAGGCUGCAGCUCGCUGGGAAAGCCGCAGGGCCCCUCGGCUGCCCUGAGGAGUGGAGCUGCAGAGGGCAGGCAUGCUCAGCCGGGAUCGGCGCCUGCGGAGCUGCGUGCAGAAGGGAAGGCGGAGACACAAACGGAGAAAACCCAGGGGGAAGCGGGGGCAGACAGCGGAGGACCCGCGGACGAGCAGGCAGCUGGGACUGGACUGCGUGCAGAGAGAGAGACGGAGGACGCAGCCCAGGGGGAGCCCGCUGCCCAGGCCGCACCCGCAGAGGAGAGGGGGCACGUGCCCCUGGCCCAGCUGGAGGAACGCCAGUCGGGGAGCACGGCCGUUGAACAGGAAUCUCUGGAUCUGCUGGCCUUCACCUCUGCCGCAGAGAUGGAGUCGCUGGGCCUGGAGAAGCUCAAGGGCGCGCUGUCGGCCCUGGGGCUGAAGUGUGGGGGCACCCUCCAGGAGCGGGCGGCGCGGCUCUUCUCCGUGCGGGGCCUGGCGCGGGAGCAGAUCGACCCGGCUCUGUUUGCCAAGCCGUCGAAGGGGCGGAAGAAAUGAACUCCAUCCGAGCUGGUCUCCCAGUUCCUUCCAGUCCGGCCUUCACAGCCUGCGUGAUGUUGACUCUUGGCCGUUAUUCCUGCUGAUAGUCAAGCUGAUCUUUUUCCUUUUUUUGGAGAAUUUUUGUGAGUUUGAGUCAAACUGAAGAUCUAGGCCAGGGAGCAAGAACGCAAAUGCUCCCGAAGCUGACUUUUUAAUAACCCAGUUCUGACUACGCUCUUUCCCAUUAUUACAUUUACGGAAUUCACGUGUGAAACCACCCAGGCCUGAUGUUUUUGUGGGAACGUUUUUUAAUAACAAACUUAAUUUAAUAAACUUAAAGCUGUUGAGA